UGCUCUGCUGAGCGUCACCUACACACAGCAAGUGCCUUUACUUGAGCAGAAGAGGCAGAAAGAAAAGGAAGGUGGCCGCAAGCUCCAGAGCAAAAGAGAUCUCAGGAGUGCUUCUGCACGCGGCAGAGGAGUGCUUCUCUCUACACUUUACACAGAGGGACUAAGGAGCGCACAGAGACAGAGACUGGGAAGAGGCAGCUGUGUUGGAGUAACGCUGCGCUGGUUGUGCCGACUGGAGACAGGGGAAUCCACUGACACUGUUGAUCCUGGUGGCUCUGGCAAAAGGCUGCUUAAGAAGGAGACAGAGAAACGGAAAGGCUGACAAGAUCUCACCAAGUGGGCAGCAUUUUACAUCGGCAAACAAAGCGUGGUGACAACAGAAACACACAGAGAAAUUCACUUACAAACCUUAGAGUGGAAAAAGGACACCCACUGCAUUUAAAACACCACUACAUCCCUUCUUUUUCUUCUGGCUUAACCAAGAAAAAAGGAAAAUGUUGUUGCUUGCGGAUGACGGAUAAUAACUUCUGGGGAAACAUUUCUCUUCUAGACAGAGAUUUCUUCCAAACUUUACCACUUUUUUUCUUUUUUGCAGGGGGGCCUUUAUACCAUCUGAGCUGAAAACAGAAUUGCAUUGCUUCUUGGUAACAGAAAUGGAUAGCUGUCUUGGUGACCGUUGAGAUGCUUUCCACAUGAUUCAGAAUAGAAAGUGGAUUAUGACAGCAGUAUUUUGGGAUUUCUCCAUUGCACCAUAAAAAAAAGUAAAAACCAAUGUACGUCUACUGGAUUCAUGUCUGAGAGAGGAAAAGAUCUCAGGCAUUUUCUCCUCUCUUCUCCUGUGGAUUACUUAUGGGUUUCCUGAUCUGCGAGCACAGUCUCAUGGAUGAUCGCCAGUUAGUAGGAUAAGGUAUAAAAAGGGACACAAGUGAGUAAUUUGCUGGAUUUCUUUCUAAAUCUUAAGCUUGAGUCAAACAAUGGAUGGCUCCAGUGAAAGCACAACAAUGCAGCUUUUGUCUCAUCUAAUGACACAAAGUGCAGCCUACUGAUUCAACAGUUAUGUUCAACAAAUAAUGAUUAAGGUGUAAAAGGUAGGCACAUCUUGACGUUUAUUAAUUCCUUUGACAAGUGAUCCUGGAUGUUUACGCACCAUUUACUAAUGAGCAUCAUUUACUAAAUGAGGAGCGCUGUCUACUCGGGAGGUGGCUUGGGCACAAACAGAGAUUGAUUGAAGUGAUCUGUGUGAAUCCAAUUAAUGCAUCCUGGAUUCUUUCUAAGACAGAAAAAAUGGAGGGAAAAGGCAUCAUCUAGUAUCUGGAUAAACUGAGAAACCUUUUCACUACCCCGUCAGCAACUCUCUUCCUUUCCCACCCCUUUCAACCCAGGCAAGGAUGGUACCCCCACCCCCCACCAACAAGCCCCACGUUUGCCUUUCCACCAUCCUCAUCAUGAGCAGCAUGGCGCUGAUUGAUGCCUACCUGGUGGAGCAGAACCACGGACCCCGCAAGAUUGGCAUCUGCAUCAUGGUGAUGGUGGGGGACAUCUGCUUCUUGAUUGUGCUGCGUUACGUGGCGGUGUGGGUGGGUGCUGAAGUGCGGACUGCCAAACGAGGCUAUGCCAUGAUCCUCUGGUUCCUAUAUAUCUUUGUGCUCGAGAUCAAAGUCUACUUUGUGUAUCAAAACUACAAAGCGGACAGGAAAAGCUUGGAUGCUCUCGCGAGGAAAGCCUUGACACUGUUGCUGUCCAUUUGCAUUCCAGUGCUGUUCACUGUACUGGUCGCCAUUGACCACAUGGAGUACGUUCGGGCCUUCAAGAAACGGGAGGAGAUCCGUAAUCGCCUCUUUUGGGUAGUGGUGGACUUGCUGGACAUACUGGACAUCCAAGCUAACCUGUGGGAGCCUCAAAAGAAAGGCUUGCCUCUGUGGGCGGAGGGCCUGAUGUUCUUCUACUGCUACAUCCUGCUGCUCGUGCUUCCUUGUGUGUCCUUGAGCGAGAUCAGCAUGCAGGGCAUCAACAUCGUGCCCCACAAGAUGCUCUUGUACCCCAUCCUCAGCCUGGUGACCAUCAACGUAAUCACACUCUUCAUUCGCGGAGGGAACAUGUUUCUGUACAGGGACGCAAGGGUAUCUGGGAUUCUGAUCGGAAAGAACAUACUGGCCAUCAUCCUAAAGACCUGCAGCUUUGUGCAAUACAGAAGGCAGUUGCAGAAUGCUCCUCCUGCCUUUGGUGUGGAGCUGCAGAAAAACUCGGUCGCACACACUCGUCCUGCACCCACUUCACCUCAAGUGGUCAUGCAGGACCAGACGCCUUUACCCGAAGUGACAACCUGUGAACACACAUGACAUAAUGAGGGGCUGAACCCUAAAAAAUGUCAAUAGGAGUAAAUACGACUCUCAGGACGCUGGCAGGGAGCAGUGUUUUACACCUUUUAGGUUGUGUGAAUACUCGUGAACAAACGGGAGAUCAUGAUCCCUGAUGCUUAAGGCACACAGGACACUGCAGACACUUAGUGAGGAUAGAGCAGUGCUGUCACAGCUGAAUUACUGAUGACUCUCUGAAAGCAUUUCUCCCAUGGUGAAUUUAAUUACAUGUGUAUUUUUUCUAUAUGUACAAAGGAAAAAAGGCAUCUACUGCAAAAAAAUAGAGAAUAUAUUUUUGGAUUGUGUGUGUUGCAUUUUAAUCUAAAACCUAAGGGUCUGUGUGCUGUGGUGUGUAUUUCUGUUUCUCAGUUGUUUCCUCGUAGUCGAGGGCUUUACCUUGUCAAAGUGAGACAAGAAACUCAAUAAGAGAAUCAAAGUAAUGAGGGUACAAAAUGCCAGUUAAUGCCCUGUCUCUUAAAAAGAAGUGAGUUUUAUAUGUGAUCAAAUACUGAGUACAAUAUAAAGGCUUUCCUGCUUUCUCACUGGCUGUAAAAGGGUUUUGUCAUAAAAUUGUUUGAAAGUCAUUGGUCAAUUGGGUAUAUUUAUUUUUUCAAAAUAAAAUAGUUUAAUAAAUACCAAUUGAGUGUCCAGUGUUGCACAAGAGAAAAAAAAUACAAAGAUUUGUAUCAGAUCAUACAGGUGAAGAGCGUGGCCUCAAGAUCAAAUGUGAACAAUGAAUGAAAUGUGGCAGAUGUUCAAUGCUCCUUUAAUAAUUGCAUGCUGUACUGUUUUCUGGAGUUAGUGCAUCUUUAUUCACACUUUCUGCAGAACUACAUACAUGUGAAUCAAGAUAAUUACAUUGGCAUACUACUUCCUGUUAGUAGAUUUGGUCUCCUUCAACAUAAAAGUCUUACCAAAACGGUAUUUAUGAAACACUCAUAUUGACAUGUGUAGCAUCUAUGUUUAGUUUUACAGAUACAGCGUGCUGCGUGUGAUGCUUCUGCAUGCAGAAGCAGACUACAAGCUGGAGUUUCAUGGCAGUGGCAUUUAAAUUAAAAUGUGAACAACCAUGGCAACAAAAAAUGGAUCUCAACAAAACAUUUUAAUUGAGCAUUGAGACCUGCAGUGUGAAUAUAGUCUACCACUCUACAAUCCCACCUUACCCUUAAAAGCAAUAGUUGGAAUGGGUCAGCUGCUGCAUCCUAUUGUGGGUCAGGGCUGAGAUAUUGGUGGGUUGAUUUCAACCACUCAUUUUAUUUAGGGAUCUUUCAGUUGAUUGCAAGGUGUAAGUGUAGAUCACAAAAGGAAAGGUUGAUCUGAAAUAAACUCCUGACUGCCUCCUAACAUUUAUUAGAGGCUCAACAUUGUUGGGUAGACUUCAACCCCCCUUUCUGUGUUCAGCUCAUUCACAAGGUGUAACGAACAUAUGCAGAUAGCAGACUGAAAGCAUUAACUUAAAGGGGCUUUGGACACAGUUAAGUGUACGGACAACGAUCCCAAACACACAUCAAAACUGGUUUUGGAAUUGAUAAAGCAGGGUAAUAUUGUGGUCCUAGAACUGGCUUCUCCAAAGCCUGAUGCCAACCAUAUUAAUAGAUUCAAAUGAGCUCUACCAAAACUGCAAUGAAGAGUGGUCAAAUAUCCAGCCAUUUUAAUGCAAGAAGUUUGGUGAUAGCUUCAGAAAUUCGGUGGUCAAGAUGCAACUUUCCAAAAGGACAUUUAACCAGAUAAUAUUGGGAUUUCAAUCAAUAUAUGUAUUUGAGCCCGUAUGACUUUAUGUGGAUUAGACCAAAAAAACAUAUAUACAGUAUAAAUUAAUACUUUUGCACAUUAUUCUCAAUUUAAAAUUUACUUCAUAUAUUUUUUGCUUAAUUAUUUCAUUCUAAAAACGAACAAUUACUAUCCAUAAUUAAAAGUUCCAAAUUAUAAUUACAUUAAUGCCCAUGAGGAGAAUGUAACCUUUUCACUUGAACUGCAUAUUUAAAAGCUGCUGAGAUACAAAAGUGUUUCUUUAAAAAAUGGAAAUUGUCUUGAGUUUUGUUGUAUUUUACAAGGGUAAUUGUGAUGAUGGGAACAUUUAGGAUUAACUCUGUAUUUGAUAUGAAGUUUGAUCAGUGCAAGUAAUGACUGUAUUGCCAUUUCUGUGCGAAUAAAUGCACAGCCAAGAACCAACACUGCAGGAGGGUAAAUGAAUCCUUAAUAAGAAAGCCUGUUUAAUAUCCUCCUCAGGCGCACAGUGACUAUCUGAGUUUGUGCUUAGUGGCAACAGCGGUUGUAAGCACUGUCAUUCUGUUCUUCGCACAAAAGGACAAAAUAGAUACUUUGGUGCAGUGAUGUGAAUCCACAAAAACUGCCGAGCGCACGUCUUGUCUUGAUAUGACAAAUCUUGCUCUUUCACAAGCUUUUUUUCCCCACCCACACCACCAGUUGAGUCAGAGCUGGAGUUUGUGCCUGUUUGUUUGCCUUCUGUGAAUAUAUUUGCCUCAAAGAGAAUUUUUAUUACUUUCUAGCCAAACUGCACGCACCGAAGCAGAGUUCUGGUCAUCUAUAAUACUAAUUUCACAAGACGUUCCACAUCUUGCACGUGGAUUAGUUUCUCUCACCUGUGGCUGUGUGUGUAAUUUAGGCAAGGUAGGUUUAUUUGUACAACACAUUUCAGCAACAAUACAAUUCAAAGUCCUUUACAUGAUGAAAAAAGUACACUGCAGUGGUAUAAAAUGGAAUGUAAUACAAAGUAAAGAAAAUUUGGAUUACAGGCUAAAAUUAAUGUAAAGCAGUGUUUGCUAAAAACCUGGCCGUGCAGGAGAUGGUCUUAAAUUUGUUCUAUGCAAGGCACAGCUACAGAAAGGUGGCAAAAUUCAGUGGCACAAACCAGGCUAUCACAUUAAGACUGCUGUAGUCAGCGGUACUUGUCGGUGUUGUUGGCUUGUAAAGAUACAACAUCAGCAAUUUAGACACUAUAAUGCACUAUUGGAUUAUAUUGUUUUUACAGAACUGCUGCAAUGAAAGGAAAGCAUUCUUCUUUUAAAACAAUAAUGGUACAUUAAAAAAUGUUCUGCUGAAAUUGUCAGCCCUGCAGAUUUAAACAAUGUAAGGAUUUAAAAACUUUUUACAAGUGACAGAAACAGAAGUACGGGUUUACCAAAAAUAUAACUGACACGAAUAUAAAAAUCAAAAUUACUACUGAUAAUUUUCCUGCAGGCUAUCUGCUGUCUCUAUUUGUUUAUUUACAAAUUUGACAAAAAGAAUAAAAUAAGAAUAAAAGUUUUAUGUUAUGGAGCAGAAA